CUCGUUUACCGAACACCUUCCACUUAAUCAAUAGGUGGUUUUUUCAUGUGACUGCGUUUGUCACACAUUGAACGUCACUUGGAUUUUUCGCCUUGUCUUGUGUGGAACGAAGCACGAAAAAAAAAUUACAGCGUAGUUGAAAAGUGAUCUUAAAUUAAUUUUCUUAACAAAUUAAAAGUGAAGAUGACUAGCCAAACACAAGGUAUCCAACAGCUACUCGCUGCAGAAAAGAAAGCUGCCGAAAAAGUAGCUGAAGCCAGAAAACGCAAGGCAAGAAGAUUGAAGCAAGCCAAGGAUGAGGCUACCGAAGAAAUUGAGAAAUAUCGCCAAGAACGUGAACGUCAGUUUAAAGAAUUCGAAGCCAAGCACAUGGGCUCCCGUGAAGGUGUUGCUGCGAAGAUAGAUGCUGAUACCCGUACUAAAUUAACAGAAAUGGAUCGCUCGAUUGCUACACGCAAGGAACCUGUUAUCCAGGAAGUUCUCCAGUAUGUGUACAACAUUUCGCCAGAAUUGCACAAAAACUUCGUUCAGGUCUAAAUGUCCUAACUAAGAUGUUGGGAUUAAUACCAGCUUGUAUGCAUUUUUGUUAAUCGUCGUAUAUACUUGUAAUGUUAAUUAUUGAACUAACCCAACAACAACAAAUUAGAAAACUAAGCAGCAUAUUCCAGAAAUUCGUUAACGUUCCAUAUAAUUGCACAUUAUUGGAGCAAUGUCGCCUUUACUUAAGAAAUAUUCCACAUAUUCAACGUUCCAAUGGGCUAAAGGUCUCUAAUAUACAUAAAUACAAAAGUGGGCGAUAUUGCAUCUAAUCGUUUUAAGCUAAAAAGUUUUAAAAGUAUUAUGCCGAAAAGUAUAUAAAAAUGUAUGCUAUCAUUGUUAUCAUAAAGUGUAACUAAUAUAACUUAUGUUCUUCGCUGUUAUGCAAUAGUUAAUGGAUAAAGUGUGAAUAUUUAAGCAAUAAACGUUCCAUCAUAUUUUUCUUUAAUGACCUCAAAAAA